CUACAACAAACAUGGCGACUCCCACAGAACACGAGGAUUUAUCUGAACAAGAGGUGACAGAAGAUGAAUUUAAAACACCAAAGAUCCGAGAAACACCAGAAGACAUCAAACUAGAGGCCAUCGUCAACACUAUUGCAUUUCAUCCCAAACAAGACAUUCUUGCAGCAGGAGACAUUGAUGGCGAUAUUUACCUAUUUUCAUAUUCCUGCACUGAAGGAGAAAACAAAGAGCUCUGGUCAUCAGGGCAUCAUCUUAAGUCUUGCAGGAAAGUACUCUUCUCCAGUGAUGGACAGAAACUAUUUAGCGUGUCUAAGGACAAGGCUAUUCACAUCAUGGACGUGGAGGCUGGAAAACUGGAGACGCGCAUCCCUAAAGCUCACAAAGCCCCCAUCAAUGCCAUGCUGCUAAUUGAUGAGAAUAUAUUUGCGACGGGAGAUGAUGAAGGAACGCUGAAGGUUUGGGAUAUGAGGAAAGGAACGUCGUUUAUGGAUCUGAAGCACCAUGAGGAUUACAUUAGUGAUAUUACUAUUGACCAGGCGAAACGAACACUGCUUACAUCCAGUGGCGAUGGCACUCUGGGUGUAUUUAAUAUAAAAAGACGAAGGUUCGAACUGCUUUCUGAAAUUCAAAAUGGAGAUCUCACCUCUGUCUCCAUUAUGAAAAGAGGUCGUAAAGUCGUUUGUGGUUCCGGUGAGGGCACAAUUUACAUUUUCAACUGGAAUGGUUUCGGUGCCACAAGUGACCGUUUCGCAGUUCAGGCCGAGUCUGUGGAUUGUAUCGUCCCAAUCACAGACAGCAUACUGUGUGCUGCAUCUACAGAUGGUGUGAUCAGAGCUAUCAAUAUCUUGCCCAACCGCGUGGUGGGCAGUAUCGGACAGCAUGUCGGAGAGGCCAUAGAGGAGAUUGCACGAUGUAGAGACACACAUUUUCUGGCGAGCUGCGCUCACGAUGAGCUGAUCAAAUUCUGGGACAUUUCCAGCUUACCUGAUGAGAAGGUUAAUGAUUACAGACGUAGAAAGAAAAAAGACAGAAGACUCAAAGCCCUGAGUAAUAAAGCGUUUGAUACAGGACAGAAUUUCUUUGCUGGGCUUUUAGACACAACUGAGGAAAAUGGUAAAGAGGGAGAAGAUGAUGAUGACGAUGAUGAGGACAGCGACAGUGGAAGUGAUUAAAAGUACUGCAAAAAUUUGCUGUCAUUUGUUGGAUAUUUUCAGACUAAAGGAACACUCCACUUUUUUGGAAACGGACUCAUUUUAAAUGUCCCCUAGAGUUAAAGAGUUUAGUCUGGCAGAAUUACUACUUCUAUCUUAGCAUAGAUUAUUGAAUAGGAUCAGACUAUUCGCAUUUUGCUCAAAAAUGUAAGACAUGAAAAAAGGAAAUUUGCUGCAAUACCAUGGAUGUAACGGACACAUUAUUAUGCAGUGCUGAUACCUAGCUGUGGACUAUUUUCAGAAACUGCUUGCUGCAGCCAUGGUACGACAGCAAAGUUCCUUGAUUAUUAAGCGGAAAUGAGAGUAUAGUUCCCAGCCGUAUUAACCUAAAAAAAAGAGCAACUUUUCGUUUUUCCAUCAUGUAAUGUACUAAGUGUAACUACAAAAUAGUCUACUUUAAAUAAGUAAGUUUCGAUACUUCUUAAAAAAAAAAAAAAUUGAGUGAGAAGCUAAUGGUCUAAUCUGAUUCAAUUAUCUAUGCUAAGCUAAGUUAAAUGUGCCAGACACAGAUUAGGUGAAUAGAUUCAAAAAUGGUAAAACUCAACGGUUUAACUCUAGGGGACUUUUUAAUGAGCCUAUUUCCAAAAAAUAGUGGAGUGUUCCUUUAACAUCUCAAUUAGAUUUAUAUUUAUGUAUUAGGGUUUUUUAUCCAUCAAAAUUUCAGAAUAUAUGCAGUGCUUUUA